AUGAAGGAGUUUACAUCAUCAACAACGUCGUGGGUAUUCAACCCGCCUGCCGCACCACACAUGGGCAGCUCUUGGGAGAGGUUAAUACAAUCCGUAAAGAAGAUUCUUGCUGAAAUGCUACCAACGCGUGCUCCCCGAGAUGAAGUGUUAAGGAACAGUUUGAUCGAGAUCGAAAACAUCGUGAACAGCAGACCCUUAACACAUGUACCGAUUGAUCUUGAAUCAUCGCCAGCUUCAACACCGAAUCACUUCCUCGUGAAUUCAUCCAGUGGACUCAAACCAUUAGUCCCUUACGAUCACAACAUGUCAACAUUACAGCAAUCCUACAAGACAUCCCAGCUCCUGGCCAACAUUUUCUGGAAACGCUGGUUAAAUUAUUAUCUACCUACAAUUACCCGCCGUACAAAAUGGUUCUCUCCAGUUAAACCCAUCCAGGUUGGUGAUAUAGCUGUUAUUGUGGAUCCUAAGCCACCAAGAAACUGCUGCCCUAAAGGAAGAGUGAUGGAAACUGUGACAUCCAAGGAUGGCCAAGUUCGACAGGCUACGGUACAAACUAUUGGAGGGAUCUACCGGAGACCCGCCGUCAACAUUGCUGUACUAGAUGUCGGUGCAAAUGAGAGUAAUCCAGACCCGUGUCCAGUUACCGGGGGGAGUGUCGCGAAAGCUCCUCACGCGAAGCGCACCUCUUGUUAUAAAACCUUGCCUAAAAUGACGGACGGCUCGAAUGGAAUGGAAGCUGUCAGAAGAAGGAAGUGA